AUGGAUGUGGAAGCCGCUGGCAGUGUUGGGCCUCCUCAGGCCGCCAGCGAGUCGCACAACUCGAGUGGGGAUCGGGACGAGUCGCUGCAGCAGGGUGGAAGCGUCAACUAUGGCGCCGCUCAGAGCCCUCGCGUGCCGCGGAGCCAAAUCAGCCGAGCCCACCCGCCCCACAACCCCGGCUUUGGGGAGCGCACCUCGGCGGUGCUGUCGGCGCUGUCGGGCGACGACGAGACGGCGCUGUCGGCGGCAGAGGCGGCAGGGGAGCACACCUCGGAGCCGCAGUACCAUGUGGCGGGCCAGCCCGCGCACAGCCUGACGGCGCCCGCGCCGCGGCGGGGCCGCGACCUGGCCGGCUCGCCGCCCGCCUCCACCUCUCCCAUCUACCGAGCCAACAGCGUGGUGUCCUACACAGCCGCCCCCGCCGCCAGGCCGGGGGCGCAGCAGCAGCAGCAGCAGCAGCAGCAGCAGCAGCGGCGCGGGGCCGAGACGCCCGCCUCGGUGGCGGCGGCGGCGCACAUGAUGGGGACCAGCCCCAACACCAGCCGGGGGGAGUUUUCGGCGGCGGUGCCGCAGCCGCGAGGGCCGCGGCGCGCCGCGGGCGCCUUCUCGGCCGGCGGUGGCGGGCUGCCCCCCACCUCUGGCCACCGCCACAGCCUGGCGCAGCAGUAUGCGGCGGCGGGGCCCAGCCGGCCCUCCCUGUCCGGCAACCAGCCCCACGCCGCCGUCUCGCUGCCCUCCACCCUGGCUGUGGCUCCCAGCCAGCAGGGCCCCGCCACCAGCGCGCGCGGCCAGCUGGCGCACGCGCCCAGCAGCCUGGCCACGGUCAGCACCGGCAACGGGGAGCGGGCUGGCGGCUCUGUGGAGAUGAGCGCGCAGCCCAGCCGGCGGCAGGGGGCGCAGCACGCCACCUCGGCCCCCGCCGCCUGCGCCGCCGCGCCGGCGCCGGGCGCCGCGCCUGCCGGCCCCAGCCCGCCGUCGCAGCCGCCCGGCCACGUGCCUGGGGCUCCCCUGCAGGCUGCGGCUGGGCAUGCUGCGCAUGCUGCGGCCAGCGCGCCUGCAGCCGUGCCGCCGCAGGGGGGGCAGCCCGGCGGCCAGGCCACGCCCCCGGCGCAGCCUGCGGUCAGUGCCUCCAUGUCUGGGCAGGGCGACACACCCGGCCAGCCGUACGGCGCCGGCGCCCUGCCGCAGAGCAGCGCGGCCGCGCCGCCACUGCUGCCCGUCGGGCACGCGGCGCCGCAGCUGGGCCGCCAGCAGCAGCAGCAGGCCGCGGGCGGCAGCAGCGCGGCGCCGCCGGCGGCGCUGCCGGCGCACGCCAGCACGUGCGAGGGGCAUGGCGGGCGGCCGCCGUUUACCGACGCCCGCUCCCGCAGCCAAGGCAAUGCUGCCGCAGGCGCGGCAGGCGCCAGUGCCGCGGCAGGCGCGACAGGCGGGGCUGCAGCGGAGGGCAUGGGCAGCCCUGCGGGCAGCACGCUGGCAGAGGCGGGCAGGGGGCGGGACAGCCAGGGCACGGCGCGGGGCACCAUCUUGGCGGGCGCCGCGCACUCCAUCCUCACCACCGCGGCCGCGGCGGCAGGGGAGGGCGAAGCGAUGGACGAAGGCGGCGAGGCGCUGAGCCCGCUGCUUGCAGCCAAGGCGCUGCUGGUGCAGGCGCCGCCGGGCGGCCGCGGCGCGCGGGGCGCCAGCCCCCGGCCGGCGCCCACCCCGCGCACCGGCAGCGUGGGCGUGCCGCUGGCGGCGCCGGCUCCGGCGCGCUCCGCCCUGGCAGCCGCCGCGCUGAGCACCCACCAGCAGCAGCCCGCCAACGGCUUUCCUAAGCAGCCGCCGCAGCCGGCGGGCAGCGCCGGCAACGGCUUCCUGUCGCCCAUCAACCUCUCCACCAUGGCGGUCGACCUGGCGCCAGCUGGCGCCGACGACGCGCCCCAGCCCUCCGCCUCCGGCCAGCCCAGCAGCCUGCCGCCGCCGGGCGCGGUGGCGGCCGCGCUGGCGGCCCUGGAGCAGCAGCAGGCGGCGCAGGACAACGGGCUGUACCUUACGCCGCCGCCUGCGGAGCUGGGGGAGCUGUAUCACGUGCUGCAGCAGCAGAACGGCUACGCCACCCACGCCAACAGCGCCAUCGGCAACGGCGGGCACAGCCAUGCGGCGCAGGGCAGCCCGGACCGCGAGUUGACCUCCCCCUCCCGCCUCCUCACACACGACUCCACCGCCGGCGGCAGCGCCAGCCGCAGCAAGCAGGCGGCCAAGCGGCGGCGCACGUCGGCGGGGCCGUCGGGCAGCACGCAGCACGCCUGA